AUGUCAAAAUCGACAACAUCAACACGAAGUAAUUCUGUUGAAUCACCACCUGGUGAAAAUGAUAAUAUAAAUAGUUUUCCAGCAACUCCACAACAGGAUUGUGUUAAUAAUUUAAUAAUAUCAACAUCACAAACAAUUAUGGAGAAUAAUGAUACAAUGACAACGUCAACAAAUGAGUGUAUUAUUAUACCGACAAGUCCACCACCGUCGUAUGAGCAUGUGCUGGAAGAGACACGAAUGGCAGCUGAACAAUCAUCAUACACUGAAACAUCAGACAACAUAGCAAAUGAAAAUUGUGAAGAGAAUCACAAUUGUGAUGAUAUGAACAAUAGUAGUGCAAUGUGUUCUAAUGAAGAUGACAGAGACGACUAUGAUGAAGACGAUGAAGCAUCAACAUGCAAUGAUGAGGAUUGUGAUAAUAACGAUCAUCACCAUCAUCAUCAUCAACACCAUCAUACCCAUGAUUGUCAACAUCAACAAGAUUGCCAACAUGAACAGGAACAAGAACAACCGCCAUCACCACAAAAAGGUCCACAAAUAUUACAUAAAUCAAGCAAAGAAUUAUAUAAAGCUGUUGCAAAACAAUUUGGUAUUACAUGUAAAAUGUCUGACCAGUGUCGUUGUUUGGAUUGUCAGAGUCAUUAUUUUGAGUGUGAAUAUGAGGAAAAUGAACAAGAGAAAACUGACGGCGGUUUAGGUGCUGGUACACCCAUGUUUAUAUCAGAGGUGAUGCAUGGUUCUGCAUGUAAUAUAUUGUAAAAUGCUUUCAUUUUUUGUUGACUUAAACUUUUUUUUUACCUAUUUCGUUUUUAAUUGAUUUUAUUGUUUUUAAUUUAUGAUUUCAUAAAGAAACUUAUAGGCGUUCAAAAUAAAUAUUAAGAAAAUCGUGAAGUACGCUCUGUGUUUUCGAACUGUACUUGACUAGAUUUGAAAUCAGGAUUAAAAAGUUUAAAUAGAAAAUAAUUUUCAAU